GGCGGAAGCAAGCUUUGCAAUAUGGCGGCCGAGGUGGAUGGGCCGCUGAAACGCGUUCUGGUGCCGAUUCUUCUACCUGAAAGAUGCUACGACCAACUUUUUAUCCAGUGGGACUUGCUUCACAUCCCCUGCCUCAAGAUCCUUCUCAGCAAAGGCCUGGGGCUAGGCAUAGUGUCUGGGUCACUUCUGGUAAAGCUUCCCCAGGUGUUUAAAAUCCUGGGAGCCAAGAGCGCUGAAGGAUUGAGUCUUCAGUCAGUUUUGCUGGAGCUAGUGGCCUUGACUGGGACCAUGGUCUACAGCAUCACCAACAACUUCCCCUUCAGCUCUUGGGGUGAAGCCCUGUUCCUGAUGUUCCAGACGAUCACCAUCUGCUUCCUGGUUCUGCACUACAGUGGACAGACUGUGAAAGGUGUUGCAUUCCUAGUCAGCUAUGCCUUGAUUCUUUUGGUGCUACUCUCACCAUUGACACCCCUGGCUGUGGUCACCCUGCUCCAGGCCUCUAAUGUGCCUGCUGUGGUGGUGGGGAGGCUGCUCCAGGCAGCCACCAACUACCACAAUGGGCACACAGGCCAACUCUCAGCCAUCACAGUCUUUCUGCUAUUUGGGGGCUCUCUGGCCCGGAUCUUCACUUCUAUUCAGGAAACUGGAGACCCCCUCAUGGCUGGAACCUUUGUGGUUUCCUCCCUCUGCAAUGGCCUCAUCACAGCCCAGCUCCUGUACUACUGGAAUGCAAAGCCUCCCCACAAGCAGAAAAAGGAACAGUAG